CCGCCUCGGCCUUACGCAACCCGGCACUUUUUCAGUCCCCGCCUCACUCUUCCUGCUGCUUCUUUCUUCUCUCUCUCUCUCUCUGUCUCUCUCCAGAAAGAAAACCACCCAGAGACGUGUUGAUCAUCGGUUAUUGAUCAUGAUGAGGAUGAAGAUGAAUGUAUGCUUUCAUUUUUUAUAAUUCAAUGGAUUAAGCAGUGUUCUGCCGCAGUUUUUGUGACUUGUAUUGAUUACGAGACAUUUUCGCAAUGGGGGGAGCUUGUUCUAGGAAGAGAGACCAGGUAGACAAUGAAGACGGUUUACUUAGAGGGCCAUCUGGAAGAUAUUGUAAAAGCGGGAGCUCGAAGUGGUUGGCAACUUCAUUUUUGCGGCCUGCUAUAGAUAUUCAACUGGGUAGAGGAAAAUGCCCAUCACUUAUGGACUUGUGUAUACAUAAAAUAUGUGAGGACAUUGAUAGGUAUGGAACCUUUUCUUUGCUCCCAAGGGAUAUUAGUCAGCAGAUCUUUAAUAAAUUGGUGUAUUGCCAACUUCUGACUGAUGUUUCUCUGGAAGCUUUUCGAGAUUGUGCUCUUCAGGAUCUUUACUUGGGAGAAUACCCCGGGGUGAAUGAUAAUUGGAUGGAUGUGAUCUCUUCACAGGGGUCAUCUUUGCUUUCUGUUGAUCUAUCUGGUUCUGAAGUUACUGAUACUGGGUUGCUUCAUCUCAAAGAUUGCACAAAUCUUCAAGCCUUAUAUUUUAAUUGUUGUGACCAAAUUUCCAACCGUGGGCUGGAAUACCUUAGUGGUCUUUCAAACUUGACAAGCCUGAGUUUUAGAAGAAACAAUGCAAUUACUGCUAAGGGAAUGAGUGCCUUUUCCAGUUUAGUUAACUUGGUCAAGUUGGACCUGGAGAGAUGUCUUGAGAUUCAUGGUGGGCUUGUUCAUCUCAAAGGUUUAAAAAAGUUGGAGUGUCUCAAUCUCAAGUGCUGUAAUUGCAUUACAGAUGAUGACAUGAAGCCUCUCUCUGGGCUUAUCAACUUGAAAGGACUGGAGAUUUCAUGCAGCAAGGUAUCUGAUAUCGGCAUUACUUUCUUGAAAGGGCUGUGCAAGCUUUCUAUGUUGAACUUGGAGAGAUGCCGGGUUACUGCUGCAUGCUUGGACUCUCUUUCAGCUCCUUCUGCCCUGUUAUAUUUGAAUCUUAAUGGAUGUAAUCUAUCUGAUGAUGGGUGUGAGAAGUUUUCCCGAUUUAGGAACUUAAAAGUGUUAAACUUGGGGUUCAAUGACAUCUCAGAUGGGUGCUUGGUGCACUUGAAAGGUCUGACAACUUUGGAAAGCUUGAACUUGGACUCGUGUAGGAUCGGUGAUGAAGGGCUGGUUAACUUGACAGGCCUGCGACAACUGAAAUGCUUGGUGUUAUCUGAUACUGAAGUUGGAAGUAAUGGACUUCGCCAUCUAUCUGGUUUGACCAAUCUGGAGAGUUUAAAUUUAUCAUUCACUGUCAUUACUGAUGGAGGUUUAAGAAAAUUGGCUGGACUCUCAUCACUCAAAUCACUCAAUUUGGAUGUUCGCCAUAUCACAGAUGCUGGACUUGCAGCUCUUACCAGUUUGACUGGAUUAACUCAUCUUGAUCUUUUUGGAGCUCGUAUUACAGAUGCUGGAACAAACCAUCUGCGAAACUUCAAGAACCUGAGGUCCCUGGAAAUAUGUGGUGGUGGACUGACAGAUACUGGUGUCAAGAAUAUCAAGGAUCUUUCGUCCCUGAUGGUGCUCAAUCUUUCACAAAACUCCAACCUGACAGAUAAAACCUUGGAGUUGAUUUCUGGCUUGACAGGAUUGGUCUCUUUGAAUGUUUCAAAUUCUCGCAUCACCAGUACAGGACUGCGCCAUUUGAAAACUCUGAAGAAUUUGAAAUCACUAACAAUGGAGGCCUGCAAGGUGACAGCAAAUGAUAUUAAGAAGCUACAGUCAACUGAUCUGCCUAAUCUGGUGAGCUUCCGUCCAGAGUAACCAUGGCAACCUUCGGUGUUGGGGGUAGCUAUGUAUAUAAAAAUAACAUUGAGGUAAGAGGAGACGUUUGAGGUACAGCACAUAUGGUUAAACAUGAAGGGGAUUAAGGAAGUAAGCAAUCUAGGAAUUAUCCCAAUGCUGUGUGAAGGCAUUCUUUUGAAUCAAAUGUGGUGCAAAAGAAAAUGUAGAUAAAAAGCUUCCUUGGCAUGGGUCUCUUGUCUCAGACGCUAUUUUCAUCCGUGGUUUGGUUUUUGUACAUAUCAUGUGCCUGGUAUCGUAUCGCACCAAAUUUAUUGACAUAUAAAUAAAUAUCUAUUAAAAUCUC